GGCGCACUCACACUCGAUUUAAGAUACGACUUGAUCAUUCACUCAUUCCCCUUUGGAUUCACGGCAUUCGCCUCUUACGCAUUUCUGUCAUUUGCUGGCCAAGACAGAUAACACUCGCUACCUGCCUCCAACGACGUCUAAAGAUCUACCCCAUCUGGACCGGUCCAUCAAACCACAAAAAUGACUUUCUCAGAAACACUUGGAAACGUUGUCAAGCGUGCGGGACAUGGAGAGGAAGACAACACCGCUGGACUUGAGAACAUUGAUGUUCAGAACUACCUUGGCCGCAUCUGGUGGUGCUUCGUUGUUGUCUUCAGUCUGUACCAGGUCAUCCUCUACUUUGUUCGAUAUGUCCGCACAGUAUCAUGCCUGAACAACGAAACCCAACGCUACUUCGCCAUCCCCAACCACCUGUAUGCUCGCUUCAAGAAGUCGUGCCUUGACGCACCCCUCUGGCACACUCGUCACCACCGCGAGUUCAAGCUGUCCUCUGCCCAUGGUAUGGGCACCCUUCCUAGCCGUCUCCAGAGUUUCUUCCUUGUCGGCUACUUCGCUGUCAACAUCGGAUUCUGCGUCUGGAAGAUCGACUACAGCAGCUUUUCGGCCGGUGCUGGCGAGCUCCUCAGUCGUUCCGGUAUCAUGUCGGUCAUCAACAUGAUCCCCCUCUUCCUCCUGGCCGGCCGCAACAACCCCAUCAUUAAGCUCACUGGCAUCUCCUUCGACACCAUGAACUUGAUCCACCGCUGGUUUGGACGGAUUGUGAUCCUCGAGGCACUUGCUCACACCAUCUGCUGGAUCGCCAACAAGGUUCAGUCCAAGGGCUGGUCUGCUGUUCAGGCAUCGAUCACUGGUAGUGAAUUCAUCAUGACUGGAUUCAUCGGCACCGUUGCAUUCACCUUCCUCCUUCUUCAAUCCCCGUCGCCCGUCCGCCACUCGUUCUACGAAGUCUUCUUGCACGGCCACAUCGUUGGUGCUGCGCUCGCUCUCGGCGCUGUAUGGGUCCACUUGAAGGAGCGCCCCCAGCAGCUCAUGCUGUACGGUGUUGUCGCUAUCUGGGCUGCUGAGCGUUUCAUGCGCUUCGCCCGUCUUGUCAUCAACAAUGUUGGCAAUGGUGGUACCUCGGCCGAUGUUGAGGUGCUUCCUGGUGACGCUCUCCGUAUCACUGUCAAGAUGGCUCGCCCUUGGAGCUUCCGCCCCGGUCAGCACGCAUAUCUCUACAUGCCCUCGAUCGGUCUCUGGACAAACCACCCCUUCUCCAUCGCUUGGAGCGAGGAAGAGGAGGAUCCCCACCACAUCGACGAGAAGAGUCUCCCGAUGACCAACAACGAUCUCGCCCUCCAGAAGUCCAAGACCAGCAUGUCCUUCAUCGUUCGCCGACGAACUGGCUUCACCGACAAGCUCUUCCGCAAGGCUGAUCUGUCUGCCUCUGGACGUUUCUCUACCACUUGCUACGCCGAGGGUCCUUACGGUGGUGAGGAUCUUAGCUCAUAUGGUACAGUUAUGCUGUGGGCGGCUGGUAUCGGUAUCACUCACCAGGUGCCUCAUGUUCGUGACAUCGUUGCUGGCUACGCCAACGGCACCGUCGCCACACGCCGUCUCACCCUUGUCUGGAUCAUCCAGUCUCCUGAGCACCUUGAGUGGAUCCGAACCUGGAUGACACAGAUUCUCUCCAUGCCGCGUCGUCGCGAGAUCUUGAAGAUUCUCCUCUUUGUCACUCGCCCCCGCAGCACAAAGGAGAUUCACUCCCCAUCAUCGAGCGUUCAAAUGUUCCCUGGUAGGCCCAACGUCCAGAGCCUUGUCGACCAGGAGAUGCAGGAGGGCAUCGGUGCUGCUUGCGUCAGCACUUGCGGUACUGGUGGCCUGGCUGAUGAGCUUCGCCGUGCUGUUCGCAACCGCGAGCUGCAGUGGAACGUUGACUUCCGCGAGGAGUCUUUCUCGUGGUGAACGUCAACAUCCUUCCAUCCGUCAUUCAUCUGCGCUGUCCUUCUACUCGGUAUACCCUCAUGUCACGACAAUAUUCACCAUCUACUUGUCACCUACCACAAGCCAAGAUUUUCUGCAAUAUAACCUUUGCUGAUUCAUUGUACACAUUUCAUUACGUUCGUCCGGCUUUGACCGUCUUCUUACUAUACACUCUCCU